AUACAAAGACCAAGUAGGUACUGCAACGAGCGUUUCAUCAGUGCGCAAAACAGCAUAACUGGACAAAAGCAUAAACCUCAUCUUGGCCAUGACAGGUCUCGCAACGCUUUGUCCACAUAAUGCUGAUCACUUUUGCUGUCCGUUCAUCUCGCAGCCAUUAUUGGAUGGCUGGUUUGGACGGUUGCAUUCAACCCUGUCACAGUUGCCAAAUCUUGCCUGCUGCAGUCAUAGCUGUCAAUGCCAUUCUGUUCUGUAUAAUCAAUUCGCUGGUGAAUUCAUAUCAAAGACAAGCUAAAGUAGUUGGAAUAACGUAGGCAAUAAGGCGUACGUAUGGCAUAUGUAUACAAUCCGGUGGACCGCUGUAAAU